CUCCUUGGGUCUCAUAUAGCGAACUGUCACUUCCUGUUUGUGUUCCUGCUGAAAUGGCCGCUGUGUUCGCCACUGAGACUCUUACAGCGAAAGAUGCGAUUGCCGAGGGAUUACUGGACCUCCUGAAACCAGCUGUCCAGCAGCUCGACAUCCAUGUGUUCUCCGUCAGAGAGAGCCAAGUGGAGCUGAGGGAACACAUAGAUAAUCUGGCCACAGAAUUGUGCAGAAUAAAUGAACAUCAAAAGCUGGCACUAGACCUUGACCCAUAUGUAAAGAAGCUCCUCAAUGCAAGACGUAGAGUCGUGCUGGUCAACAACAUACUGCAGAAUGCUCAGGAGCGGCUGAGGCGGCUUAACCACAAUGUGGCCAAGGAGACGGCCAGAAGAAAAACCAUGCUGGAUGCAUCAGGAGCAUUUCCUUCCCGGUCACCCAGUAAACCAUGACAUACCGCUCUGCAUCGUCUCAUGCUAUGUUAGAGGCUAUUUGCAUAACCAGAAAUAAAUUAUCUGUAGUACACAU